AUGGCAACAUCCACGAAAACACAUUAUUUUGAAACGAAUGCUGCUGAGAUUAGAGUUGUUGAAUUGUUAAAAAAAAUGAUAGAGAAUGGAAAAUUAACUUAUUAUCGUUAUACAAGCAUAACAUCUACACCGUUUUAUGAUCAGCGGCGGGAGAGUGGUGAGAAAAAAACAAUCGUAAGACGGGGUUUGAAAUUGUGCGGUGUUCUUCAAUUUAAGGAUCGCGUUAGCCCUUCAGCAGCACGUCGAUUAUUUGCAGUCAAAACGAUUUUUUUAUCUGCGCUGGUUACGGUGAGAAGACCCAUUGUGUUAGUAUUGAUGCGGUUAUGGGUGCUUUGCGAAUAUUACGACACACAUUACUCAGAAAUACGAUGCUCGAAUACGCCAAUUGGUUUUGGCGGUAAAAAAACAGAAAAUGAAGCACGUUAUAUGAAACCCUAUAUUAUGGCGUUGUCCGAGUACACCCAAUGUAAAAAAGAUGAUUUUUGUUACGCCCAUUUAACGGGCGCGCGAAAAAUAUGUAAAUAUAAAAUGAUGUUAGAAAAGAAACUGGUUAAAAAACAAGUAUAG